GCAACAGCAGCUGGUUGAGGACUCAGCACCGGCUCCUCGCCAGUUGGCAGUUGCCUGGAGAUUUUAACCUACGCUGCGUUUGCUUAGCUCGCCUCACCCCGAGUACUUUUCCUCUGGGAGGCUCCACAUUGCCCGCAACUCAAACUGGAGAUAUCAAAGUAUUGGGUCCCACUGCAGCCUUGAGGUCGACGCAAUGGGAGGAAGAAGCCUUGGCCGUCCGAAAAUCCCGCGCCAAACGACAGCAAAAGCAGCGCCAAGCAAAGCCGGCACCUCAGUGUCGCCAUGGCUACUAAGGCCUCGGCGCUUCUGGUCACUGAGGUAGAAGGGCGGGCCUUGAAGCUCAGGGCUACGGGAAGCCAGGCGGAUAAAAAAGCAGAGUUCAAGUCAAUGAUUUUAGGCAUGACAACUCUGAAGGAAGCCCUCCUCCCCGAAUUCGAUAGGGCUUACUUUCAGUUAAGUUGAUUUCACAGACUUUAUCAGGUCUUCUGAGAAAAAAAACCAGGUGAUUAUUGCUGUGGGCUGAACUCAGAAUGGCUGUAGUCAUCCGUUUACAGGGGCUUCCUGUUGUUGCGGGUUCUGCAGAUAUUCGCCGUUUCUUCUCAGGAUUGAAUAUUCCUGAUGGAGGCGUACAUAUCAUUGGAGGAGAAAAGGGGGAAGCGUUUGUCAUAUUUGCAACCGAUGAAGAUGCUCGACAAGCGAUGAGCUAUUCAGGAGGAUUUAUUAAGGAUUCACGUAUAGAGUUCUUUCUUAGCAGUAAGACAGAAAUGCAGAAUAUAAUAGAAGUUAGUAGGAAAAGAUAUGAUCAUGGAGGAAGAGAAACCUUAUCUGGGUCUAGGCGCACAGGUGCCAGUAACUCAGGAGCAUCUGGAGUUGGCAACCUUUCAAAUUUAGUUGCAGUCAUUAAAAAAGGAAUGAAUAAAUCUAGCUAUGAUUCUGUGGAUCUCUUGGGAGAUGAGUUCCAUUCAAAUGGAUCUCAAGACAGUGAUACAGUUAUUUCAAAAUCAAAUUAUAAUCAGUCCAAGAAAGAGCAAUUUCAGGCAGGCAGUUCUUACUUGUUUAUACGUGGUAUGCCUUAUUCUGCAACAGAAGAUGACAUUCUCACUUUCUUCUCUGGAUUACAAGUGGAGGAGAUGAUAAUGUUAAAAGUUAAUGGUAAAAAUAAUGGAGAUGCUUUGGUAAAAUUUGCAACAUCCAGUGAUGCCACAAAAGGGCUUCAACGUGAUAGAGAGUAUAUGGGUGCAAGAUUUAUUGAAGUACGGCCCUCUAAUGAAGGAAGAUGGAUUGAGUAUGGUGGAACGGUAGAAGAAAAGAUGGAUCAUCCUUUCAAUUCUGAACAUUUUGCUCAUCAUUUGAGUAAGAAAACUUUUUCUUCAAGCAGAGAGCAUUCACGAAGAGAGCCAAGUUACUUGUCCUCAAGAAAACGCACUCAUUCAAGAUCUCCUCCACGGAGGGUUACAGCACAGACCUGUUCAAGGUCUCCUCCACAGAGGGUAAUGGCACGGAUCCAUUCAAGGUCUCCUCCACGGAGGGUUAUGGCACAGACCCAUUCAAGGUCUCCUCCACAGAGGGUUACAGCAAAGACACAGUCAAGAUCACCACGAAGGAUUAUGGCACGGACACGGUCAAGGUCACCACCUCGGAGGGUGAUGGCACAGACAUGUUCAAGGUCUCCACCACGGAGGGGUAUGGCACGGACAUAUGCAAGGUCUCCACCAAAGAAGGUUACAGCACAAACCCGUCCAGGUUCUCCUCCGUGGAGAGUUACGGCACGGAUUCGGUCAGGGUCGCCACCACGAAGGGUUACGGCACGAACCCAGUCAAAAUCACCUCCAUGGAGGGUUAUGGCACAAUCUCAUUCUCCUUUCUCUGGUUCAUCCCCAUCUCAUUCUCCUCAUGACAAAGAAUAUUAUGUACACAUAAAAAAUCUUUCAGCUAGUGUUGAGAAGAGAGAUUUGAUGGCGGUAUUUGGUGAGCAAGAUGUAGCUACCAGUCAUAUUUCAUUUUUAAAGCCACAUGAUAGCGAAACAAGGAAGCAAGAUGCAAUAGUGAUGUUCAAAUCAGAGAAAGCAUAUCAGAUGGCACUGGGCUGUCACAAGAAAAAACUACUGGGUCAACAGGUUUUUACUUUCCCCAUUUCCAAAACAACAGUGUUGCACUUAGUUGGAUCUUCUGAAACAAAAAGAUCACCUGAAAGACAUCAUCAUGUAAAGGAAAGAAGUAAUCAAGAUGGAUAUUCUGGCCCGAAGACGUGUGUAUAUGUAAGAAACUUUCCAUUUGAUGUGACAAAUGUUGAAGUACAGAAGUUCUUUGCAGGAUUUAAUAUUUAUGACCAUGACAUUUAUUUGCUUUAUGAUGACAAAGGAAUUGGAUUGGGGGAAGCAUUGGUCAAAUUCAGAACUGAAGAUCAAGCCCGGAAAGCUGAAAGCUUGAAUCGCCGUCGGUUUUUGGGAACAGAGGUACUCCUAAGAUGUAUAUCUGAGGAGCAAAUGCAAGAGUUUGGUGUUAAUGUUUCAUCAAUGUCAAAUGAAAAGACACAGGAUCACCUUCGUACAUAUGAAAAGGGUGACCAUUUUUACCCAGUUGGUUCACAAGGACCCUCUGUGCACGGGAACUUAAAGAAUCCAUCUAAUUAUAGACGCCCAUCUGAUGAUUUUACCUGCUCACCUGAUCAUCUUAGAGGGCCUCCACCAUUUAGAGAGUUUGGUGAUGAAGGUAUUCCUGGUAGUUUUCCAGAAGGACACUUUAUGCCUGGCUAUAAUCUUAGUGAUGGCUCAGAUCGUGUCACACUGAUUAAAUUAAAGAACGUACCAUAUCAAGCUUCUCCUAAUGAAAUUCUGGAUUUCUUCUAUGGUUAUAAAAUCAUACCAGAAUCUCUUUCUAUUCUGCGCAAUGAAUAUGGAAAGUCUUCUGGUGAAGCUAUUCUUGCCAUGAUAAACUAUAAUGAGGCAGCAGCUGCUAUUAAUGAACUAAAUGAUAGGCCAAUUGGCAAACGUAAAAUUAGUUUAAGUUUUGGGUAGAUGUAAAAAUGCCGAGGUGGCAAAGUGAAGACAUUUGCAGUAUUAAUACAGUAAAGCCAGAUCUACAUUUUUGUUACAUGGAAAAUGAAAACAAAACAUUCAAUUUUUUGUAAAUAGUUAUGCCUGAUUUUAAAAUUACAGCAGUUUGAUGCAAUACAAUGGAACCUAUUAGAAAGCAUAGGCUGUUUGUUACUCCUGUAUAUAUAUACACAAGCCAAACACAAGUUUUAGAUUCUUUUCAGUUACAUUCAGUUGCACCUUGAAUGAUUGUUAAUGUCAGCUUAGCAUUUUUUAAAAAAUAAAUACAUAUAAAUGAAA